AUGGCCAUGACUCUCCGCAGCGUCGUUGCCUUGGCUCUUGUGGCCUUCGCCGUGACCGAGGACAUCCCCCAAGAUGCUGCGCCGGCACUGGAAGCCCUGCCCCAGAGCUUCUGGGACAACUUCGUCUACUGCAAGUGCGGCCUUUCCUGUGCAGAGAAGGAUGGCUCCAUCGGCAAGGCAUGUGGCUGCCGAGUAUGCCCGGAGAGCAACGGCACCUCCCUGCGCGGCAGUCAGCCCGCCCAUGCCGGUGAGAAGGCUGCGGUGAGUGCUGAGACUGCGCAGGCACGGCAAGGGCAUCGAUGCUUAGAAUGGGGCUUCGGCGAGACAUGA